AUGCUGUCGCCUCCACCCUGGAAGGGGUAUUCGCUCCUUGCUCUCGCGUUGCUCCCGUCGGCGAUCCUUGGCGAGGCAAUCGACGAAAGUCGCGUCACCCCACUCGGAGAGACGGCGAUGCUGACGCACAGUCACCCGGCCUUUGGUGGUCUCCUGCGCGGCAAGGUCGUCAAGCCCGUGGUGCUUACGGAGCAGAACGGCAAGGCCGCAGUUCGCAACCUGGAGGCUCAGCUGUCGGACGUCGCCCGUCUUGAGACGUUCUUCGGCACAACCAUGGAGAGCAACUUCAACGUACUCAAGGACUCGUACGCGACCGCCGCCUACGACGUGCCACCGUGGUCCGGAGACUUUUGGCCGACGUAUAGGGACGGUAUUAACGCCGUCUGGAAGGACGGAGAGGCGUCUCCCGCCGAGAAGUACGCUAAGGCCUUCGAUAUCGAUGUCAACGCGUUCAUGAACGGCAUCUCGCUCAGUACCGGUGUGCUGUCAGAGUCGUACACGGGGGGCUCUACCUGCUCCAGUGACUCGGAUUGCGACGGCGGCAGUUUGUGCGGCCUCAGAGGUGAAGCGUCUAACGGCUUCUGCAUUCCGACGUGGUAUGGCCUCUGUCACGCGUGGGCGGCCGCCGCCAUGUACGAGGCCGAGCCCAAGUGCGACGUCCAGAAGAACAACGUGACUUUUCACUCCGUGGACAUGAAGGCACUCAUCACCCAGCUCUACGACGGAGCUGCAAUCGAAGUGGUCUUCACCGGCGCUCGCUUCAAUGGCCCGGAUUUCCCCGAGGAAGUUGACAAGUACGGACGCUACGAGGACGAGGCGCGCCGAGACAUCAACGCGGCCUUCUUUCACGUCGCCGUGGCCAACAUCCUAGGCAAGCAGCAGCACUCCUUCAUUGUCGACUGCACGACGCGCCUUACGUGGACGGUCGAGUCGAUUGAAGAUGGCGCUCUCACGACCACCGGAAGAAUUGCAGCGUACACGGUGUAUGAGGACUACGAGUACUGCUUAGAGCUGGAUGAGAACUACACGAUCAUCGGUGGCGAGUGGCUCGGUCAUUCUAAGGAAAACCACCCGGACUUCCUGUGGUUCCCAGCGGCGAAGCCAAGUGCGGACUGUGUGGACGUGACAGUGAGUCCUGAUUUUCCAGACACACCAUCGACGAAGAAGCCGGGAACGGACUACACGAAAUCGCCUUCCUACACGAAAACGCCAUCAACUAAAUCGCCACCAACUAAGUCACCUCCGACAAAGUCUCCGCCAACCAAGCCCCCAACAUACCCUCCCGAGACAUACGCACCAGAGACCACCGCUCCAGCAACGUACCCGCCGGAGACGUACUCGCCUGAGACCACCGCGCCGUCGACUUACCCUCCCGAGACAUACGCACCCGAGACCACCGCUCCAGCAACGUACCCGCCGGAGACGUACUCGCCUGAGACCACCGCGCCGUCGACCUACCCUCCCGAGACAUACGCACCCGAGACCACCGCUCCAGCAACGUACCCGCCGGAGACGUACUCGCCUGAGACCACCGCGCCGUCGACCUACCCUCCCGAGACAUACGCACCCGAGACCACCGCUCCAGCAACGUACCCGCCGGAGACGUACUCGCCUGAGACCACCGCGCCGUCGACCUACCCUCCCGAGACAUACGCACCCGAGACCACCGCUCCAGCAACCAACGUACCCGCCGGAGACGUACUCGCCUGA